ACAAUUCGCUCUGAGCACAAUAAUGGCGACAGUUGACGUUCGAACUUGAGUGUGCGCGCCAGUACUUCCGGUGAAAACUUCCGGUGAUUUGACAGCGAGAGCGGGAGACGCGAGAGUGAGAGACAACCAUAGACAACAGCGACCGAGUUCCAUUACCAGAGAUAUUUCUUUACAAUGAGUGUUUUUAGGAUUAAAGAGAGGCGACUUGCCUUUCAGAGGGUGAGAGCCUCAGCACUUCAUUGUUGUGUGCCGUUAUGUACCGUUUCGUCACGUUACAACAGAGAAGUCAGCUUUCAUGUAUUCCCUGUUGACGCUGCGGUACGGGCUGAGUGGAUGCAGAAGAUCCGGAGGGAUGACUUCAACCCGACCAAAAACACCCGAGUCUGUAGUCGGCAUUUUAAGCAGGCUGAUUUUAACGUGACUGCCGGGGGGUUGAGGAGGCUGAAAAAGGGAGCCGUACCCGUUUACUUCUCAUGGAAUGGGUACGAACUACCUGCGCCCCGACCGAGCGUCUGGGAACGGCGUCCGCGAGCCGAGAGUCCUGCCCCAGAGUCAGACUCGGACUCGGAGAUGGAGACCGAAAUUGCUCCACCAGAUCAUGACUACUCUGUAGUCCCUCAAACAGGAGCGAGGGCGAGUAAUUUGGCCGACGAGAACAAAGCUCUACGUCGCCAGGUUAGGGAGCUACAACAGCAGUUGGAAGUCCUCAAACUUCGCCAGCGUUUUGGGAUAGAGCGCCUGUCUGGAUCAGAUGAGGACGUGCGCUUUUAUACCAGGUUUGCGUCCUACAGGAGUUUCAUGGUAUUUUGGAAUUUAAUUGAACCUGCCGUGACCCACAAGAUGGUGCACAUAACAAGCGCAAAGACAGCCUCUGCCAGCAUCAGCACAGUUCAUCACCCAACAACGAAACUGAGACCCAUUGAUGAGUUUCUGCUGUUCCUGAUGUACCUGUCAGUGGGUUUUCCUCCCAGGGACCUUGCAGAGAGGUUCAGCAUACACCGCACUACUGCAAGUCGGAUCAUCUCCACAUGGACUCAUUUUUUGUACUGCCUGUUGGGAAGCCAGCGCCUUUGGAUUCCGCCAGAGGUAGUGAGAGCUCACCUGCCAGUUGAGUUUGCAGCUUUUUCUGAUACACAGGUGAUCCUUGAUUGUACAGAGAUAUUCUGUCAGUCGCCAUCCUCUCUGCUGCUUCAGAGUGAGGUUUUCUCUACCUACAAGUCACACACUACAUUCAAGGCCUUGAUUGGCAUGGCACCCCACGGUGCUGUCACCUUUGUGUCUGGACUGUAUGCAGGCUCUAUGAGCGAUCGCGAGAUCUUCAAGCAGUCCGGGAUUGUAAAGCUGCUGAAACCAGGUAUGGCGAUCAUGGUGGACAAAGGGUUUGUUGUGGACAACCUUGCUCCUUGCAAGGUGUACCGGCCUGCCUUUCUCAGCAAAAAACAGCGGGUCUGGCUACUGCUAGCUAGUUAG